UGAUAAAAUUUCCCAAUUCCCAAGAUUCUCAGUACUAUCGAAAAUGUUGCUACAAUUAUUACUAACACUCACACUGUGUAGUACAUUCUCACUAGCUCACUCCCACUACAAUUGGUCACCGUCUUCCUCCUCCACCGCCGCCGCCGCCGCCGCUCACCCAUCGGAGUGGCGGCCGGGACGGGCCACCUACUAUGCUCCUGCAGAUCCGCGGGAUGUAGUAGGUGGCGCGUGUGGAUACGGUGAUUUAGAGAGAAGUGGGUAUGGUAAAUCGACAGCUGGAUUAAGCACUGUGCUAUUCGAAAAGGGUCAGAUUUGCGGAGCUUGCUUUGAAGUUCGAUGUGUUGAGGAACUCCGAUGGUGUAUUCCGGGUACUUCAAUUAUUGUUACUGCAACGAAUUUUUGUGCUCCGAAUUAUGGAUUUGAACCUGAUGGCGGUGGACAUUGUAACCCUCCGAAUGCUCAUUUUGUUCUGCCGAUUGAAGCUUUUGAGAAAAUUGCGAUUUGGAAAGCUUCGAAUAUGCCUGUUCAGUAUCGAAGAAUAAAGUGCAGAAAGGAAGGAGGAGUUCGAUUCACGAUCAAUGGUGCUGGAAUAUUCUUGUCUGUUUUAAUCAGUAAUGUUGCAGGCACGGGUGAUAUAGUGGCAGCAAAAGUUAAGGGUUCAAGAACAGGAUGGCUCCCUAUGGGUAGGAUCUGGGGCCAAAACUGGCAUAUAAGUGCGGACUUGAAGAAUCAACCACUAGCUUUCGAGAUAACAAGCAGUGAUGGAGUCACCUUAACAUCUUACAAUGUUGCUCCGAAGAUCUGGAAUUUUGGACAGACUUUUCAAGGUAAGCAGUUCGAAUCGUAGGACUCUGCCAGCACUGUAUCUGUUCCUGGACCUUAUUUGAGGGAUUCGUUGAGAUUGAGUUGUGCUUGUUUAUGAUGGGGAACUACCAGAUGUAGAUUUUGGAGUGCAAAGUUGUAAGAUCACUUGAAUGUAAUAGUAAGUAUGUUGUAUGUUUCAUUGUUUAUAUAUGUAUUGUAUUGUAUUG